AUGCGCCUAAACCCGAAGAAGUGUACCUUCGGGGUCAGGUCAGGAAGGUUCCUGGGUUUUCUGGUGUCCCGAGAGGGGAUUCGAGCCAACCCGGAUAAACUCCAGGCCAUCAUGGACAUGGCCCCUCCGAGGAACGUGAAGGAAGUCCAGCGGCUCACAGGGAGAAUGGCCGCCCUAAACAUAUUCCUCUCGCGCUCCGCGGUCCGGGGGCUGCCCUUCUUCCGAGUCUUGAAAGCGCCAAAGGAUUUUCACUGGACUGAGGAGUGCCAGAAAGCCUUCACCGACCUGAAGGCCUAUCUGGCUGAGCUGCCCACUCUGACCGCCCCGGAGCUAGGGGAGACCUUGUUCCUAUACCUGUCCGCCUGCAACGAGGCCGUCAGCGCAGUCUUGGUGCGGGAGGACGGGGGGGCUCAGAGACCGGUGUACUACGUCAGCCGUGCUCUACAAGGGCCAGAGACGAGGUACACGCCGGCGGAAAAGCUAGUCCUCACCCUGGUGCACGCUGCUCGCAAGCUCCGCCCCUACUUCCAGGCCCACAGCAUUAUAGUCCUGACCGACCAACCUUUGCGUCAGAUACUCACUAAGCCCGAGGUCUCAGGCAGGAUGACCAAGUGGGCCGUCGAGCUGGCCGAACACGACAUUGGCUACUGGCCCCGUACUACCAUCAAGGCUCAGGCCUUGGCAGAUUUUCUUGCUGAGGGGGCUAGCAUGGCCAUGACCGGGCAGGAUUCCCUGCCCGGUGGGGUGCGGUCGGAAGAACCUUGGACUCUGUUCGUGGACGGUGCCUCCAGCAAGGAAGGCAGCGGAGCCGGCCUGCUGCUUAUCUCGCCCACUGGGGAGGAGCUGACCUACGCGCUCCGACUGGACUUCCCCGCGUCUAACAAUGAAGCCGAGUACGAGGCCCUGCUCACGGGAUUGCGGAUAGCCCACCAGAUGGGUAUAACCGCGAUCAAGAUCAGGAGCGACUCCCAGCUCGUCGUCCUCCAAGUUCGCGGGGAGUACGAGGCCAAGGAGGAGGUAAUGAAGAAAUACCUAGCUAAAGUGCAGGAGGUAGUACCCCUGUUCGAGGCCUUUGAGAUCGAGCGGGUGCCAAGAUCGCAAAACAAGCGUGCGGACGCCUUGUCAAAGCUGGCAUCCUCCUCGUUUGCUCAUCUGAGCAAGGAAGUUCUGGUAGAGAUGGUCAAGCAGAAAAGCAUCGACCAGGUCCAGGUCCUGGCUAUAGACAGCUCGACAACCUGGAUGACACCCCUAGUGGACUUCCUCAGCUCGGGUACCCACCCUGAGAACAAGACCGAGGCUCGCCGGAUCCAGCUCAGAGCUGCCAAAUACGCCUACGCUGGGGGGACCCUCUACAAGAGGUCAUACUUGUCCCCCUAG